CAGCAGACUACAGUAUCCACAUUCUUCAGACAGGAUGUUUCACUGGGUGGGAAAUAACCACAGAUCCAUCUACCAAAAGAUUCAUGCAUAUGAGAUUUUGGACAAGAGGAAGACCAUGACAGCUCUGAAAGCAGGAGAGGACAGAGCCAUUCUGCUGGGCCUCAGCAUGGUCCUCUUCUCUGUCAUGAUGUACUUUUUACUGGGAAUCACCGUACUGCGCUCGUACUCUGACAGUGUAUGGACGGAUGAGGCCAGCUGCACUGUCGUGAACGCAACCAUCACUUGGUAUGAAAACUGUUCAUACAGCUGUGGAGCAGAGUGCUGGAGGAGUUCCAGCUACCCCUGUCUCCAGGUGUACGUCAGCCUCAACUCCUCAGAGAAGGUGGUGCGACUGCUGCACAACGAGGAGACCCAGGACAGCAACCCGGAGUGUUUCUACAUUCCAAAGUGCUAUAAGGACUACGCAGCCACACUCGCCAUGCUUCAGAACAUUUCUGAGCGUCUCAGGUCUCAGUCCAGAGUUCAGUGUUUUGUGGACCCUACAGACAGGAUGAAGAAUGCCAUUUUGACCCAGAUCCACGGUCGGGUCGCUGUCUUCCACUCCCUGUUCUGGCCAACCUGUACCUUGAUUGGAGGAACCAUCCUUAUUGCCAUGGUGAAGCUGACCCAGUACCUGUCCAUCAUGUGUGAGCGGCUAAGCCACAUCAAGAGAUGAAGGACAAAAUUCAGGAUGUAAAUUCA